AUGAAGUCUUCUACGGCAAUAAUGGCAUUGUUUUCAGUUUUUGUGGUUGCAGGGUGUUUAGGUGAAGAAACCCUUCAACUCAAUGACGAUAUAUUAGGCCUCAUUGUGUUCAAGUCAGCCAUCAAAGACCCAUUAAUGCAUUUGGAUUCUUGGAGUGAAGAUGACACUUCUCCCUGUGCAUGGAACUUCAUCACUUGCAAUAACGCAAAUGGUCGAGUUACACAAAUUUUACUUAAUGGACUGAACUUAUCAGGAAAGAUUGGGAGAGGCCUCGAAAAAUUGCAGUUUUUGAAGGUAUUAUCUUUAUCUAGUAACAAUCUUACUGGCAGCAUAAAUCCAGAAUUGGCACUUAUAAAUGGCCUUGAAAAGCUUAAUCUUAGUCAAAAUAGCCUUUCAGGUAUUAUACCAACUUCUUUAGCUAACAUGAGUUCACUUCAGUUUCUUGAUCUGUCAAUGAACUCAUUAUCAGGACCUGUCCCUGAUAAUUUAUUCGAGAACUGUUUUUCGCUUCGUUUUGUUUCUUUAUCUGGAAAUCUUCUGGAAGGGCCAAUUCCAAGUACUCUUACUAAAUGUACAAGUUUGAAUCACCUUAACAUUUCCAACAAUCAUUUCUCUGGGAACCCGAGUUUUACUCUGGGAAUUUGGUCGUUAACGAGGCUCAGAACGCUUGAUCUUUCGGUGAAUCAACUGUCGGGAACUGUAACUAAUGGUAUAGCAGUUCUGCAUAACUUGAAAGAGCUCUUUUUACAUGGAAAUCACUUUACUGGAUCUUUACCAGCUGAUAUUGGUUUUUGUCCACAUUUGAGUAGGUUAGAUUUCAGUUUUAAUCGAUUUUCGGGAGAAAUUCCAGGGUCAAUGCAAAGGCUAAAAGUUCUUAACUUUCUGAGUUUAUCCAACAACUUGUUUACUGGAGAUUUUCCUUCAUGGAUCAGUAACAUGAACAAUCUCGAAUACAUUGAUUUUUCCGAAAAUGCUUUUAUGGGAUCACUGCCAAUGUCAAUGGGAGACCUCAAAUCAUUGAAGUUUCUUAGUUUGUCUAACAACAAAUUAACUGGAAACAUUCCCAAGUCCCUGGCUUAUUGUACCAGCCUAUCCAUUAUCCGAUUGAUGGGAAAUUCAUUCAACGGUAGCAUCCCCGAGGGAUUGUUCGAUAUGGGAUUGAAAGAAAUGGAUUUUUCAAGAAAUCAAAUUACUGGGUCAAUUCCUCCAGCUUCUAGAAGACUUUUUGAGUCCCUCCAGGUGUUGGAUCUAUCAGGGAACAAUCUGACAGGUGAGAUUCCAGCAGAAAUGGGACUUUUUUCCAGGCUGAGUUACAUGAAUUUGUCAGGGAAUUAUUUGGAAUCCAGGAUGCCACCAGAAUUUGGAUACUUCCAGAAUCUCACUGUGUUAGAUCUUCGGAACAGCGGUUUGAUUGGAUCCAUUCCGGGCAACAUAUGCGAUUCUGGCAGCUUGGCAAUUCUCCAACUUGAUGGAAAUCUUUUGACUGGUCCAAUUCCUGAAGAAAUUGGAAACUGUUCAUCACUCAACUUGCUGAGCUUAUCCCACAACAAUCUAAGUGGCUCCAUUCCGAAAUCAAUCUCACUGUUGAAGAAGCUCGAGGUUCUAAAGUUGGAGGUGAACCAAUUGAGUGGAGAGAUACCCCAAGAGCUUGGAAAGCUGGAAAAUCUUCUUAUUGUGAAUAUAUCGUAUAACAGGCUCGUUGGCCGGUUGCCUGCAGGAAGCAUUUUUCCGAACUUAGACGAGAGUGCAAUGGAGGGAAAUUUGGGUAUUUGCUCACCCUUGUUGAAGGGGCCUUGUAAAUUGGAUGUCCCAAAGCCUUUAGUUCUUGAUCCCUAUUCCUAUGGCAAUCAAAUAGGUGAUCAAAACAGAAGAAACGGACAUUCAGAAAGCACACGUGACGGAUUCACACAUCAUAGAUUCCUCAGCGUUUCAGCCCUUGUUGCCAUAUCAGCAUCUGUGGUGAUUGCUCUUGGAGUGAUUUUGAUAAGCUUAUUAAACGCUUCUGUUCGGAGGAGGAUUGCAUUUGUUGAAAACGCGUUGGAAAGUAUGUGCUCGAGUUCCACUAGAUCAGGAAGCCUGGCUGCAGGGAAGCUUAUUCUGUUUGACGCAAAAUCUUCGCCUGAUUGGAUCAGGACUAGUCUUGAAUCCAUACUACACAAGGCAUCAGAAAUUGGCAGCGGACUGUUUGGAACCGUGUACAAGGCAUCGUUGGGAGGCGAUGAACGAAGAAUCGUGGCAAUCAAGAAGCUCAUAACAGCCAACAUUCUUCAGCAUCAAGAAGAAUUUGAUCGUGAGGUUCGGGUUUUAGGGAAAGUAAGGCAUCCUAAUUUGAUUCCCCUUAGAGGAUACUAUUGGACUCCUCAAAUGCAGUUGCUUGUAUCAGAUUACACACCUGAAGGGAGCUUGCAAUCCCGACUCCACGAGCGCCCGCCUAUGACUCCACCUCUUUCAUGGUCCAUCAGGUUCAAAAUUGUGUUAGGCACAGCAAAGGGACUUGCACACUUGCAUCAUUCCUCGUGUCCCCCUAUUGUACACUACAACGUAAAGCCAAGCAACAUUCUCCUCGACGAGAAUCUGAAUCCAAAGAUAUCAGAUUUCGGAUUGGCAAGGCUAGUAACGAAACUCGAUAAGCACAUUCUCAGUAACAGAUUUCAAAGUGCACCAGGCUAUGUGGCGCCAGAAUUAGCCUGCCAGAGCUUGAGGGUCAAUGAAAAAUGCGACGUAUAUGGGUUCGGAGUGCUGAUUCUCGAAUUGGUGACAGGUCGAAGGCCGGUCGAGUAUGGCGAAGAUAACGUGAUGAUACUGGCUGAUCAUGUGAGGGCAUUACUAGAACAGGGAAAUGCACUAGAUUGUGUGGAUCCAAACAUGGGAAAAUACCCCGAAGACGAGGUUUUGCCUGUUCUUAAAUUGGCGUUGGUUUGCACUUCUCAAAUACCUUCCAGCAGGCCAUCCAUGGCAGAAGUGGGGAAAAUACUGCAGGUGAUCAAUACUCCAGUUCCACAGAGGAUGGAAGGAUUCUAG